AUGAUGAACCUUCCCGUGUCCCGCAAACGCUCCGCCUCUCCUCUGGAAGAAGAGCUGAACAACAACAACAACAACAACAGUACUAUGAGUACUAGGAGUAACGCUAUGAGCAUGAAUGGACACAUGAUGAGCGGCGCCGGCUCUCCUCCUCUCGGUGGAAUGCAAGGUGGAUCUGGCAAUGGCAAUGGCGCUAGUAGUAGUACUGGUGCUAGUAAUAACGGCAGUGGCAGUGGUGGAAUGAACUACGAUCAACUGUCCGCACUUCACUACGCCAAGCGCCUUCGCCUAGCGCAAGCUCAAGCAGCUGCUGCGGCGCAAGAAGCCGCGUUGUUCCGUCCCACCAUGAUGGACUUGUACGGACUCAAUGUACCAAUGCCACUGCAGUCUCGAUUCCUACACCAGAAUCCUUACUAUCCCUCCAUGAACAUGAACAUGAAUCCCAUGAACAUGAACAUGAAUGCCAUGCACAAUAUGAAUAUGAACAUGAACAGCGUAAGCCCCACCAACAGCAUGAACGGCCAUCCUCUAUCCUGGAGGGCUCAGGCAAACCUCCACGAUAUUCCAACUUUGCCGGCUCUAAACCAAAAUGGGAACUCUAACCCUAACAUGAACGUGAACAAACAAGAAGAACCCGAAGGCAGCAUCCACAGGGACUGCCACUCUCCCACAGAGACAGAGGCACUGGGAGAGUCCUCGUCGUCUCUCGAACAGCUCUCAGCGUUUGCCAGUGGCAUGCCCAGCAUUCCCAUCAAGAACAACACCAACGACCGCACCAUCUCUCCAAGCACUACCAACACUAACACUACUGCUAACCAACACUCCUCCUUGGUCGGCGGACUCUUUUGCGCUCCCGCUUCCAAAGCUCACAACAAUGACAAACCCACUCGUCCCUUUGCUUCCAUUCCCAUCAAGAAGGCACACUUGCCCACUCCCGAUCCCAACGGUAAAGCCAAUCACUGGGAAGAUCGACCUCACGUGGCUCUUGCCAUUGACGAAGAUGCCAAUUGGUUGUCCGAGUUUCAGUGCUUUCUGCGGUCGGAUAUCCUAGAAGUCUUUGUCGCGUCUCCUGCUACAGCGGACAACCGAAACGCAUCCAAGAAGAUUGCCGAUUGUCAAAUCGGAGUUCGAUGUCGAUUCUGUGCACACUUGCAUCCCACGGAACGAGCCAGUCGCUCUUCCGCGUUCCCGUCCUCGGUGCGACAAAUCUAUCAGAGCUUUACCAUGAUGCUCAGGGAACACUUGAGUGGACAGUGCCAAUCCAUGCCUGCCGAUGUCGCUGCUCAGUUUGCCAAACUCAAGGGACAGUCGGCACAGUCCGCCAGUGACAGCAAGAGAUACUGGAUCUAUGCUGCGCAAAAACUGGGAAUGGUUGAUACUUCCAGUGCCGGUAUUCAAAUGACACAAGAGACUAUUCAAAAAGCCAACUCAUCUCCGGAACUGCUGGCGUUUGGAAAGAGUCCUGAACUCAAGGCCGAUCUGGAUGCAUGUCAAGACAAUCUCUUGGUCACGUCCAAUGAUCAACCUGUCGCCAGUGAAUUCGUGCAUGCCGUUGUCAGUCAAGCUCGAUUGGUCCAUUUGGCCGCUUCCGAAAAGAUUGGAAAUCGCAGUUGUUUGACGGUAGGAUUGCCCGGAUUGGCAUGCAAACAUUGUUGUGCUGCUUCGCGAAGUGGACUCGCACGCGUCUUUCCGGCCCGCAAACGAAACCUCAAGACAAAGGUGCAGGACCUCUACGAUCAUCUUCGACGAUGCACUUUGGUUCCUCCUGCAACACAACAGGAACUCGUACAGUUGUACCAACAGCAACAAGCGGCUGGUGGUAACGACAAGAAGAGCAAGGUCUUUUAUGCACGAUUGUGGAGGCGGCUCGGACAUGAAAACGAAGAGACUGGACUCAAAACGCCUCCUCGUGGAAACAGCCCCAUCCAAUCACCCGUUGCGUCUCCCAACAACAACAUGAGCAUGUAA